CCAGGUGGGCUGUGAGCUCGUCCACUCAUCUGUCUCAUUGCAAUAAAAAAAAAAUACAAAACACACUGGAGUGUUAUGAAAUCAAGGAAAAGGUUUUUGAUACAAACAAUAAAAUUAUAUAGGCGCUAAUAAAUAGUAGAGGAGUAGUAUUAAUAUUGUUUUUAAUAAAACAGGAAAACAGUUUUGUUUGUUCCUUUAGAUGGCAUUCGAAUUAUAAGCGACCAUCCUCAAAGCAAUUUGUAGUUUCUUAUAAAGUUUACGUCAAUUUGUUGUUCAGUUUGGUUUUUGAUAAAAUUAAAACAGCUAAGAAUUGAAACGUAAAAAAAUACGUUCUAAUUUAAGGACCGCGCAAUUUCUUAAUUAAAUAACUACACAGUUUCGCUAAAUAUUCAUUGCACAGGAAUUAUAUUCGUCUAAUCUAACCAAAAGAAUUGCGGCAAAUAUCUGAGGAACCUUAGGCUUGUGGAAAUUGGAAAAUGUUAUUUUUUUGCAAUUAUCAUCGCUGCUCGUUGAGCUUUCAGCGGUGAUCGUCGCGUCGUCUGUCCUCGACAGCCUUCGGGAGAGCUCGCCUGGACCCGAGCAAGUGUGACAACAGCGACAAUGAUCUCACCUACCCUUUCUGACUCAACCGUGAAUCAUAGUCGAGAAAGAGAAGGAAGAUCUCCGCCGCCUCUCUCGAUCGCAUUAUUUCCAUCCAAAUCCCGGUCGAGGCUUGAUAUUUUCCCGUAGGCUUCAGGCUUCAGUCCCUUGAAUAGCGCAGGGGGAAUUUCACAUUUCACGUCGCGCACUCGUACAGAUAACGACUUUCUCUGGAAUGAUUGAGUAACCAUUUGUUAGUGGCCUCGCGUUACGCGCUAUUUUCAAUUAACACGAUGCGGAAAUUUUAGUACGUGCAUUUCUUGUGCUAAUGUGAAGUUCAUUUCAUUCAGUAAAUACAAAAUUGUAAAUUGAUCGUGAGUAUUGACUCAAGGUGAAGUGGUCGUCGGUCGAAUGGCCGUAACAGGUUGAUCUUGUCUAAGCAUGAUUUGAAUUAAUCAGAAGGCGCCUUCGCAGACGCAUGGUGCGCGAUAAUGGGGGGGCCGCGGCGCAUGUCAAGUGCGCUGCUGCUGCCCUUCGCGUUGCUGUCGCUACCGCACACGAACGCCGCAAAUGCAACCUCCUAUCGGGAAGAGGUAGAAUCAUCAUUGCGACUUGUGCACGCGGUGGCUACAGGAGCGACCGGCGCGCUUUGCGUGACACACCGCUACGGUCGUCUACGAGCACCGCUACACACGACACGAUGGGACACGGCGCGGGCCCGAGCCGACUUGGCUGCCAGUUUAUUGCAUCAGCUCGGAUUGGAAACGGCUGAAGUACUCAUGGCGGUUUCAAAAGGCUUAGUUUUGGGAGCUAGCCCGACCGAACGUGCUGUUGGAUCGAGAGCAUUAGCUCUGAGAAGCGAUGGUGUUGUCAACAGUGCGGUCGCUUGGGAAAGAUAUGGAACCGCUGAGCCUGUUGCAGUUGUUUCACCGCAGUUGGAGAAGCCUCCGGACCCUGAAUAUCCAUGGUAUGUCUCAGCACACGAGAGCGAAUCUCUUCGCUCGCCAAAGUUCAUGCCUUCUUCUCCCGGUGCCACAAUGGAAGGAUGGUGGACUUAUCCAUACUACAGUUGCGGGGCGAAACGGUGGCUCUUAUCUUAUACCGUACCCGUCUCCACUAUACGAGGGUUAAAAGGUAUUGUUUCACUGGACAUAGACAUAUCCAAUUUGGAAAUAAACCAGUGCGAGACAGAUAUAUUUGAUGAAAAUGAUAACCAAAUAUAUUCCUUUCACGGAACUCAUAAAUGUCCCAAUGAAACUACAUACUGCGAAUACAAACAGAGUCGUGAAAUGAACGUUCGUCACACUGGUUGGGCGAGAGGAUCAUAUGUUUGUAGAUGCAGACCUGGCUUCUAUUCAAUUCAUCAUCCCGAAGGGUACAAUGGAUCUGUCAUUGAAGUCGCUUACCAAGAAUACGAAGAGAACGGAUUAGAGAACUGGAGUGCACCAUACGAAUGCCUGAAAUGUCAACCAGGAUGUAUUACAUGCCGAGGCCCCGAACCAUGCCUUGCCACCUACAACUGGCCAUUUCGGAUAUCUUUGCUAGUAAUAUCAAUGAGCUGUGUAGUGAUGACUGUAUGUCUUACAAUAUACACACGUCACCAUCGCCGAGUAAAAGUGUUCCGAGUAGCCAGUCCUGUUUUUCUCUCAAUUACUCUUCUUGGAUGUGCCAUUAUGUACAUGGAGAUGGCUGCUAUUUUCCCAGUUCUUGAUAGGUACUCCUGUAUUGCAACAAAAUGGACUCGACACAUGGGAUUUUGUAUUACAUACACAGCACUUCUCAUGAAGACUUGGAGAGUAUCCCUCACAUAUCGGGUGAAAUCAGCACACAAGUUGAAAUUAACGGAUAAACAAUUAUUGCAAUGGAUGGCUCCUAUAUUACUUAUCAUGUUGGUAUACCUUUGUACAUGGACAUUGUCUUCACCGCCUGAUGCCGAAGUCAUAAUGGACAAUAAAGGAUUGAAAUUCAAGCAGUGUGUAUAUAAUUGGUGGGAUCAUAGUUUAGCUAUAGGUGAAAUCCUUUUCCUGCUAUGGGGUGUUCGUGUUUGUUACCGUGUACGUCACGCGGAGAGCUUGUACAAUGAAGCUAAGCUAAUCUCCUUUGCAAUCUACAACAUAUUCACUGUAAAUUCCUUGAUGAUUGCCUUCCAUUUGCUGAUAUUACCACAAGCCGGUCCUGACAUAAAAUAUUUGCUGGGAUUCAUAAGAACGCAACUGUCGACUUCGACUACGGUUUUGCUCGUAUUUCUACCAAAAGUUUUACGCGUAGUUCGUGGUACGGGGGAUACGUGGGAUAGCAGGGCUCGCGCCCGAGGUGCUCCGGCUUCCUCAUCGCUAAAUGGCAUCGGGCUGGUGCCAGACGAACCCCCGGAUUUGUACCAGGAGAAUGAAGAACUUAAGGAGGAAGUACAGAAACUGGCAGCCCAAAUUGAAUACAUGAAAAUAGUACAAAUGGAGAAGAACAAUCGGCAUCUGAGACCGCGGCCCGGCGGCUACUUCACGUCCAAUACCCAAGCGCCGCAGAGCCCCAUGCACCCAAAGACCGUUUCUCAGGACAGUACAGAAUACCCGGGGCCGGUGUGACGUGUGGCGCUGAGCGAGAGCGGCUGGCUGUGGCCCGGGCCCGCGGCGCACAACGUGCUCACUGCACUCGACUGCCGUCCGCCCGCGUUUGUUUGAAUACGCAACACUCCACCGCCGCAACAUGAACACACGCACGAACAUCACGAAAUGAGGGAUUCACUCACUGUAAAAUACCAGCCCGAAUAGUGGUGCCUGUAAGUACGUAAAUUCACUUUUGUUUUAAGCAUCGGUACACUUGGCUCCAUUUUCCAUGCCAGAAAUUUGCGGAAUUAUUGGGCCAGCCAUUCGACGAAUCCGAUUUCGAAUCACGUCUACAACAUACGGCUACCGAUUGAUAAUCAUUUGAUAUAAACUUUAAGCAAACGGAAUAACUAACUAAAAGAUAUAAUAUGUCAUGUACAAAGACGAGCCUAGCUCACAUGUAUCUUUCCAAUAAACAUAUAGUAUAUUCUUAAUGAAA